AUGCCGCCUGUUGCUGUUCCCGAUGAGACUCCGAAGAAACGUCUUCGCGUGGCGAUUAUAGGACAGAGUACAUUUGCUGCGGAAGUUUUCAAGGUGUUACAGAAAAAUGGACAUGAAGUGGUCGGUGUGUUCACUGUUCUAGACAAGGGGAACAGGGAAGAUCCUUUAGCGACUAUUGCGGUAGAACACGGCAUACCUGUGUUCAAAUACAAGACAUGGAGAAUCAAGGGAAAAGCUAUACCCGAAGUUCUAGAGGACUACAAAUCGGUAAACGCAGAUAUCAACGUGCUUCCGUUUUGUACACAGUUUAUACCUAUGGAAGUUAUUUUGUAUCCAAAAUAUCAAAGUAUUUGUUACCAUCCCAGCAUCUUGCCGAGACAUAGAGGGGCAUCAUCUAUUAACUGGACCUUAAUUGAAGGCGACACGACAUGUGGUCUAACAAUAUUUUGGGCAGACGAUGGAUUAGACACAGGACCAAUAUUACUACAAAAAAGUUUCCCGUGCACGAUAGACGACACAGUGGAUACAUUGUAUAACAAAUAUUUGUACCCAGAAGGUAUAAAAGCACUUGCGGAAUCAGUCAACAUGGUAGCUAACGGAAUUGCACCAAGAAUAAAACAAACUGAAGAAGGGGCCACUUAUGAUCCUGCACUAUUUAAACCUGAAACACAUCAGAUCGACUGGUCAAAAGGAGGUCUAGCGUUACAUAAUUUUAUUCGAGGCCUAGACUCAUCGCCCGGUGCUACUACUUUCAUAAAACCACAAACUAAAGAUGGUGUUGACGAGAGCAAAGAAGCUAAUGUAGAGUUAAAAUUAUUUGGUUCAUCUCUUUGGGAAGAAGAAUAUAAAGCAGAAGGUGAUAAGCUAGUUAUACCGGGACUUAUAAAACCAGCAGUGAUCCACGAAGGUGGAUUGUUAAUUACUGCAAAUGAUGGCGUUAAACUUAACAUUCAAAGAUUGAAGGUGAAUGGUAAAAUGAUAAAUGCGCAAAACUUCUUCAAAAGCAAUGAAAAUAAAGUAACCCUUGAACUAACUGCUGAUGAAAAACAAUUUAUCGAAAGUGUGCGUAAUAUUUGGAAAGCAAUAUUAAGAAUUGAAAUAGAUUCUGAAACGGAUUUCUUCGAAUCUGGAGCUGGCUCUAUGGAUGUAGUUAGACUAAUAGAAGAAGUUAAAGAUAUAGCUGAUUUAGAAUUACAGAACGAAGACGUAUAUAUGAAUACAACAUUUGAGGAAUUCUACACAAUAGCUAUCCUUAAAAAGAGAGGUGUAUCAGCAAGUAAGGAAGUGGUAUAUGAAGGAGUCGAGCUAGAAGCAAAUAAAAUGAAAAUAAAGUUUCCAACUCAACUAUUCAUUAAUGGCGAAUUUGUUAAUUCAGAUAGUGACAAGACUAUUACCUUAAUCAAUCCUACAGAUGAAUCAGUAAUUUGUAAAGUACAGAGUGCGUCAAUAUCCGAUGUUGAUAAAGCGGUUAAAGCUGCACAGAAAGCAUUUGAAGAAGGAGAAUGGUCGAAAAUAAGCGCAAGGGAAAGGGGACAAUUACUAUUCAAGUUGGCAGAUUUAAUGGAGCAACAUAAAGAAGAAUUGGCUACCAUUGAAACAAUAGAUUCUGGGGCUGUUUAUACGCUAGCUCUGAAAACACACGUUGGAAUGUCUAUUGAUACGUGGCGCUACUUUGCGGGUUGGUGUGAUAAGAUUCAAGGCUCAACUAUACCUAUUAAUCACGCUAGACCUAAUAGAAACCUGACGAUAACUAAAAAAGAACCCAUUGGUGUUUGUGCGUUGAUAACGCCAUGGAAUUAUCCACUCAUGAUGCUUUCUUGGAAGAUGGCUGCUUGUUUAGCAGCAGGAAAUACAGUCGUUAUGAAACCAGCAGCGGUAUGCCCGCUGACAGCGUUAAAAUUCGCGGAACUGUGUGUACGCGCUGGAAUUCCACCUGGUGUUGUGAACAUUCUGCCAGGAAGCGGUGCAGUGACUGGACAAGCGUUGGCAGAUCACCCACUUGUUAGAAAGCUUGGAUUCACUGGUAGCACACCUAUAGGUCAAACAAUAAUGAAGUCAUGUGCUGUCUCAAAUAUGAAGAAGGUUUCACUUGAGCUCGGUGGUAAAUCACCGUUAGUUAUAUUUGAAGACUGUGAUCUUGAUAAGGCUGUUAGAAACGGUAUGGCGUCAGUAUUUUUCAAUAAAGGCGAAAACUGUAUAGCAGCUGGUCGUCUAUUUGUUGAAGAGAGAAUACACGACGAGUUUGUGAGAAGGGUUGUAGAAGAGACCAAAAAGAUGAGCAUCGGAGACCCACUGCACAGGGGGACUGCACAUGGACCACAAAAUCAUAAGGCUCACAUGGACAAACUUAUUGAGUACUGUCAACAAGGUGUAAAGGAAGGUGCAAAAUUAGUAUACGGUGGUAAACGUGUGGAUAGACCUGGAUAUUUCUUCCAGCCCACCAUCUUCACUGACGUGAUGGAUAACAUGUUUAUUGCGAAAGAGGAAUCCUUUGGACCUAUCAUGAUUAUCAGCAAGUUUAGUAGCAAAAACAUCGACGACGUGAUCCGACGCGCCAACGACACGGAGUACGGGCUCGCGAGCGGGGUCUUCACACGCGACAUAUCGCGCGCGUUGCGUUUCGCGGAACGCAUCGACGCGGGCACCGUUUUCGUGAACACGUACAACAAAACCGAUGUUGCAGCACCUUUCGGUGGAUUCAAGCAAUCCGGCUUUGGAAAAGACUUGGGUCAAGAAGCUCUCAACGAAUACCUCAAAACAAAAUGCAUAACAAUGGAAUAUUAAACAUUAUACAUAAUUAGUAUCUCAUCGUUUUAUGUCCUACUGAUUACUUUUAAGGUUUUAAUAAUAAUAAUAAUAAUACUUCGUAAAUAAUUGUAAUAAUAAUUAUAGUUAUACUUGUAAUGUAAUUUAUAUUGGGUAUUAUGUACAAUUUGUAAAUACAUUAUGUUGAAAAUAAAUAAAUAUUUAACAGUUUUAACCAAA